CACUGGAGCCAUGGCCGCCGCUGAUUGCUGAGGGGCUCGGACCGCGAGCGCAUGCUGCCGCGGACGAUGGUGACCGCACGGGUCGGACCGUUGCCGCCGCCGCUGCCGCCGCCUCCCAAAACUCAGCAACCAAGGCCCGGCGCGGAGGAGCCGCCGCUGUGAGCCCUGCCGUCCCGGCUGGUGCCCGCCGCCGCCGCAGCCCGAGAAGAACGGGAGGGCUGUCGAGAGAGCCGGGGAGUUGCGGAGCCCGCCAGCCCGCCGGCGGCACCCCGCCUCGCGGGCAGGGAGGCCGCAGCCCGAGGUCUGUUCCAAGGAAAAACAUGGCUGCAAAGGAGAAACUGGAGGCGGUGUUAAAUGUGGCCCUGAGGGUGCCAAGCAUCAUGCUGUUGGAUGUCCUGUACAGAUGGGAUGUCAGCUCCUUCUUCCAGCAGAUCCAAAGAAGUAGCCUCAGUAACAACCCUCUUUUCCAGUAUAAGUAUUUGGCUCUUAAUAUGCAUUAUGUAGGUUAUAUUAUAAGUGUUGUGCUACUAACCUUGCCCAGGCAGUACCUGGUUCAGCUUUACCUAUAUUUUUUGACUGCCCUGCUCCUCUAUGCUGGCCAUCAAAUCUCCAGGGACUACGUUAGAAGUGAACUGGAGUCUGCCUAUGAAGGACCAAUGUAUUUAGAACCUCUCUCCAUGAAUCGUUUUACCACAGCCUUAAUAGGUCAGUUGGUGGUGUGUACUUUAUGCUCCUGUGUCAUGAAAACGAAGCAGAUUUGGCUCUUUUCUGCGCACAUGCUUCCUCUGCUAGCACGACUCUGCCUUGUUCCUCUGGAGACAAUUGUUAUCAUCAACAAAUUUGCUAUGAUUUUUACUGGAUUGGAAGUUCUCUAUUUUCUUGGGUCUAAUCUUUUAGUACCUUAUAACCUUGCUAAGUCUGCAUACAGAGAAUUGGUUCAGGUAGUGGAGGUAUAUGGCCUUCUAGCCUUGGGAAUGUCCCUGUGGAAUCAGCUGGUGGUCCCUGUACUUUUCAUGGUUUUCUGGCUCGUCUUAUUUGCUCUUCAGAUCUAUUCCUAUUUCAGUACUCGAGACCAGCCUGCGUCACGUGAGAGGCUUCUUUUCCUUUUCUUGACAAGCAUUGCCGAAUGCUGCAGCACUCCUUAUUCUCUUCUGGGUUUGGUCUUCACGGUUUCUUUUGUUGCCUUGGGUGUUCUGACACUGUGCAAGUUUUACUUGCAGGGUUAUCGAGCUUUCAUGAAUGAUCCUGCCAUGAAUCGGGGCAUGACAGAAGGAGUCACGCUGCUAAUCUUGGCCGUGCAGACGGGCCUGAUCGAACUACAGGUUGUUCACCGGGCAUUCCUGCUCAGCAUCAUCCUUUUCAUUGUUGUAGCUUCUAUCCUGCAGUCUAUGCUGGAGAUUGCAGACCCUAUUGUUUUGGCACUGGGAGCAUCUAGAGACAAGAGUUUAUGGAAACACUUUCGUGCUGUGAGCCUUUGUUUAUUUUUGCUGAUAUUCCCUGCUUACAUGGCUUACAUGAUUUGCCAGUUUUUCCACAUGGAUUUUUGGCUUCUUAUCAUUAUUUCUAGCAGCAUUCUUACCUCUCUUCAGGUUCUGGGAACACUUUUUAUUUAUGUCUUAUUUAUGGUUGAAGAAUUCAGAAAAGAGCCAGUAGAAAAUAUGGACGAUGUCAUCUACUAUGUGAACGGCACUUACCGCCUGCUGGAGUUUCUGGUGGCCCUUUGUGUGGUGGCCUAUGGCGUCUCAGAGACCAUCUUUGGAGAAUGGACAGUAAUGGGUUCAAUGAUCAUCUUCAUCCAUUCCUAUUAUAAUGUGUGGCUCCGGGCCCAGCUGGGAUGGAAGAGCUUCCUUCUCCGCAGGGAUGCCGUGAAUAAGAUUAAAUCAUUACCCCUUGCUACGAAAGAGCAGCUUGAGAAGCACAAUGAUAUUUGUGCCAUCUGUUAUCAGGACAUGAAAUCUGCUGUGAUCACGCCUUGCAGCCAUUUCUUCCACGCAGGCUGUCUGAAGAAAUGGCUCUAUGUCCAGGAGACCUGCCCUUUGUGCCACUGCCACCUCAAAAACUCCUCACAGCUUCCAGGGUUAGGGACUGAGCCGGCUCCUCAGCCUCCUGCUGGAGCUGAGCAAAACGUCGCACUUCAGGAAGGUACUGAACCCCCGGAUCAAGAGCAUCCUCAAGGGACCGGGACGCAAGAAGGCUCUAGGGACAGUAAUGAGUGCAUUGUCAGCGGAUCAGAUAGCCAGAAAGGGACUCGUGAGCCCAAGGAACGUGCUCUUAGUGCAAAAGCUGGAGCGUGUCCUGUCAGCGUCACCCCAGAAGAGACGCGGCAGGAGGAGCGCUGUGGCACUCCGAGGGGCAGUUAGCUCCCCGUGGAACCUGCGCUUAGAUUGAGGAACGAAGGUAUGAGGUGAUUAGACAGGAAGCUUGACAUUCCAAGGAUCUAAUCCAGGAAGUACUCUCAGUGGAGAGUACCUGCUUUCAUGCCCUUGACAUUGUGGGAGAAAUUUUGCAAUGUAUGCUAAUCAAAAUGUAUUUAUAUAUAUCCUGUGCUGAUGUUUUGUAGAGGUUUGCCAAGGAAAUUCAACCUCAACAACUUCAGAAACUGCCCCUGAUGUGUAAGGGAUAAAUAAAAUCAGAUUCGAGUGUUUGAAAGGGGCUAAAAGGAAGACAAAGAGCAUAAGGACAGUGGGAUGAAGCAGGCAGAAGUGGAACUGACAUGUUGCUUUCUGUGGGACAGGAUCAUUCUGUUACAGAAUAUGAGUAGUGACCAGCCCCUUUCUCCACCCGCUUUCCCUCAGCUAAUUGGAGCUCAGUCUGGUGAUUACUGAGUUUUGUAUUGCAUUGAUUGAAAUCAAAGAUAUAAAAGCAUCGAUUGUAUUCAGAGAUCGAAACCCGCUCAUAUACUCUGUAUGUGCUUUAGGGGAGGGGCGGGCGGGUACUUGGGCCUUGCGGGUACAUUCAUGUAAUCUGAGACUCUCGAACUUUCUGAUGGAGUCUUCAAUAUUUUGUGUAUAUGAAACUUUUGUUAAUAUAUUGUAUACUGUGUUGGCUGUGUGAAGUAAACUAAAACUCUAAUGAACACUUUGGAUCCAGGUUAGCGUAGGAGACCAAAGUGGGAAGGGCUUUAGGGCACUGAUAAAGGCCCUAGUGUACUUUUCAAUCCUGUGUAAUGUUUAAUUCUUGCAACUGAAUCAAAACAGUGUUAAAUUAUGGCAAUAUUUGCACUUUGGGAAUGAGUACAUUAUUGUAUGAUCACACUCUGCAAAUGCCACUUUUAAAGCUGUUAAUAGACUUUGCACCUUUUC